AUGAUGGCUCGACAACCCCGCUGGCAGGACCCUCAAGGACUUGAUACGAUCAACAACAUUGUGAAGAAACUCAUACCGGAUUGGACGAACGGACUGCAUGCGAUCCAACUGGAGCUCGUUUCUGCCCUUUUGGAUGGAAAGAGCGUGCCGUGCUGUACUGCAACUGGCGAUGGAAAAUCAGCGGCGUUCUCAGUCCCAAUCCUCAAGGAGCAUAACAAACAUCCGGGGGCAUAUCUAGUUGGACUUCCAACUCGGAAUCAGCCAAUCGGGGUUGUAAUCACACCAACAAAGGGGCUGGCCGAUAACAUUGUUCACGAACUUUCAAGCUCAAGACUAAACAUCUCUGCAUUCUCCUACUGA